AUGGCCACUCACAGAGACGCUGAACAUCCAGUCCUUGACAUUGGAGAUUCUGGAGACAGAACUGUCCACCCAGCUUCACAACAUCAGUCUGCCGAGGCUCAACUACUUGCAGAUAUCUGGUUGACCAGGGUACGCAGAGAUGCGUUCCAGACUCUAGCCGUGAACCGUCAUUCUCUUCACCUCGGUGUUGUCGGAACCCUGUUGGAUGACCUUCCAGUCGGUGUGUUCGCCCCCUUGGCCUCAUUGUCGCAGCUGUCUGUCGAUCUAAGGGGGAACCGCCUCUCAUCCCUAAGUCCUGCCGUGAUCUACACCAACGCUACAGAUUGGCAGCUGAUGGGAACUAGAGUGGCUAGCGGAGGACUCAUGUUAAGUGACAACCCCUGGGUCUGUGACUGCGGCAUGGCCUGGCUGGGUAUGUGGCAGAGAAGAUGGCUGAGGGAGACUCUACAGUUGCACACAGCGCCGCUAGAUGUUGCGCAACAUGUGCUGGUGACGUCACGGGAGCCAGUCUGUACUGAACCGUCCACUGGUAGACAGGUGCCGAUCCUUAGCUUAUACCCAAGCUGCCAGGCCAGUGCUCUGAGUCAGGCUCCGCUUUCAAAAGUCUCAUUGCUGUCUACGACUGCCCUGAUUUCAACUACUCUCAUUCUUUCUGUGACAGUUAUGGGUCCCAACGGAGGCCAUUGAAACAUCACUGAUCACGCCAAAGACUGCCAUUGAUGUCUUACACCUCAGAAUAAUGGCCUAACGGUUAGGACUUUAUUCUGUGCUUGCACCGUCCUGCUAUCAGUGACUUUUUAUUAUUUUCAUAUUAUAGUUGAAAUAAAAUCAAUUAAACGACUUUGUGAACAAAAAAGGUUGAAGACUCAUGGUGUUGAUGUGAGUGAUUUUCUAAAUCUAGAGUCAAAACUUGAGGGAUGGUCAAUGCAAGACCACAUUUUUACGAGGGAUUCCAACCCUUACGUUCAUUUGACACUACUGUUAAGCUCACUAUAGAAACUGUUGGUUGUAUUUGUAACAUAAUAUAGUAUAAUGACAUUGUUUGUAUAUACUGUGUACAUUCUGGUGUAAUGAAGUGUAAAUAAAAUUUGUAAUAAUUGU